AAAAAAUGUCGAUGUGUAUGUAUUUAAGUGUUUGUCGUGUCCCAGAGCAGUCAACUCGAUCUUACCAGCAGCUGUCAUAACUUCUCCGUACAGAUCGCAGCAAGAACACAAGUCAAGAUCAAAAUGAGUCCCUUCAUCAAUGUCCUGAGUGUGGUAUUGGCUGCCUGUCUCGUGAAUGGCGCACCUACAGGCCCUUCACCUACUGUAUCACAGAUAUACAACGAUCACCAUGGCGACAAACAUGUAGUUGCCUUCGCUGUGGGGCUUACCCACACCACGACAGGGAACUCUGGGGAAACCGUCAGAUAUGACAAAAUUUUCACUAAUCUUGGUGGUGGAUACGACCAGAACACAGGAGUAUUUACCGCUCCCAAGUCAGGGAUCUACAAAUUCGAAUUCCAUGCUUAUGAUGCGAACACCGAUAAUGCAAUGUGGCUGGAACUGGUGAAAAAUACCGAACUAUUGGUGUCUCUGGCAGGCUUCAAUAGUCAUUCCUCGGCAGGGAACUCCGUCAUUGUCUUCGCCGGGAAAGGGGAAAGAGUUUUCGUCCAGGUCAGACAAGCGCAGAGUUUCACCCUAUUUGGUCAGAAGAAUCAGGUUUACGGUACGUUCGUUGGCCAUUUGAUCGGUGAAAUGGACAUGGCGCAAAGUGAUUCGUCACCAUCUAGUGGUAAUAACCACUUCUUUUUUGGUCCGCAUUAAUUAUAAUCAUAUCAAUUAAACAUAAUUUAAACAGAAACGAUCCAAUUUAAUUUGUGUGAUAUAUCAUCCAGAAGACAAUACAAUACAUUCUUUGAGUUAUUACAAAUAAUCAUUAAUUAGACUAAAUAGUAUAGUUUACGCUAUUUUCAUAUUUUGCAAAAAAAAAAAAAAAUUGUUUAAAUAUAUUGUAGCUAACUGUCAAUCGCAUAUAACAAUUUAGGAUCAAUAGCACGUGUUAUAUUAUCUUAUUCCUCCUCGUAAUAUUAACUCUGUUAUCAUAUUGAUGUUAAUUACUGAACUAAUAAAAGACUGUACGUAUCUGCAAA